AUGUCCGCCGCCGUGGCGUGCCUGGACUACUUCGCCGCUGAGUGCUUGGUGUCCAUGUCCGCGGGCGCCGUGGUUCACCGCCGCCCGCCGGACCCCGAGGGCGCGGGCGGAGCCGCCGGCUCGGAGGUGGGUGCGGCGCCGCCGGAGUCCGCUCUGCCGGGUCCGGGGCUACCGGGACCCGCGUCGGUCCCCCCGCUCCCCCAGGUCCCCGCCCCCAGCCCCGGCGCGGGCGGCGCCGCGCCCCACCUGCUGGCUGCAAGCGUCUUGGCUGACUUGCGCGGCGGCUCUGGGGAGGGCUUCGGGGAGAACUCGGGGGAAGCUCUGCGCGCCUCGUCCGGCUCCUCCGGCCCGACCCGGGGCUCCGGCCCGACCCUGGGCUCAGAGCUGGCCCCGGCCAGCAGCGCCGCGGAGAUCUCCGGACCCGCGCACUCCUCCGGCGAGCUUGGGGUUCCUGGAGCGCCAGACGUCCCCGGAGCGCCUGCGGUCCCCGGGGAGGUCCCCGGGGAGGCCCCUGGGGCCGGCCCCGCCCCCGCCACAGGUCCAGUGCCCCGUCGGAGGCCGGUGACACCCGCUGCCAAGCGCCAUCGCUGCCCCUUUCCGGGCUGCAACAAAGCUUAUUACAAGUCGUCGCAUCUGAAGUCCCACCAGCGCACCCACACGGGUGAGCGCCCUUUCUCCUGCGACUGGCUCGACUGCGACAAGAAGUUCACGCGCUCCGACGAGCUGGCCCGCCACUACAGGACGCACACGGGCGAGAAGCGCUUCUCCUGCCCCCUCUGCCCCAAGCAGUUCUCCCGGAGCGACCAUCUGACCAAGCAUGCUCGCCGCCACCCAGCCUAUCAUCCCGACAUGAUCGAGUACCGCGGGCGCCGUCGCACUCCCCGCGUCGACUCGCAACCCACCAGCACGGUGGACAGCUCCGGCUCCGACCCCGGCCAGGCGCCCAGCCUCACCACCUGCCUGUCUGACAGUCAUUGCUGUUAGUCGUCCCCGGCAGGACGAUCCCCCCAGGCCGUUGUCCCUGCCUUUUCUUUGCCCGUCCCUCUUUUCCCAGAGUCAUUAGACCAAGGCACAAGACUGGUUCCUCUGCUUCGAGGGUCGGUCCAGGCAGGCACGUUGGACCCUGGGGAGGGACUGGGGGCCUGAAAACAGCAGGAAUUCUUACAACACGUAUA